GGCAAAACAAUGUGGACAUUUCUUUAAAAAUAAAUAAACAGGUACUUUAGCGUGACCACAAAAGGGAGUCAAAUUUCGACCGGGAUACAAAAUUUGUCACAACAUGGUGGAGGUCAUAUCCGGGUUAUUUUCCGCUGUCACUUCUUGCCGCAAACACGGACCUUUAACUCUCAGGGACAGUCAUAUAACUUGCAUAUAGCUUAACUGGGGUCUUGCACAGGUGACAAUUAAAUAUGUUUUCCUUGUCAACGACGGUCCAGCCUCAGGUGACUGUACCCCUGAGUCACCUCAUCAACGUCCUCCACUCUCUGAAAAGCUCAGUGGGGAGCAGCAGCAGUGCCUCCUGCAAAUCAAGAAAACGUAAGGAGCGUGCUGCAGACCCAGAACUACACUGUGCCGAGUCUGUGUGGAAUUUACGGGAGCUGGGUUUAUCAGAUCUGGGAACGCAGCAGCUGGAUGAGCUGGUGACUCGUGUGUUGCCACACUUGAGCCCACAGGAAGCGCCACUUGCAUUUGGUGGUCAGACGGCCUGGAGGACCUCGCAUCUCUCCACACAUUCCUUUUUCCACAAUAAGCAUGGCUUCUCAUGGAGUCGCGUGCCGACACCGGUGUUUUCAAGGCUGCACCCUUCACCACUUCAGUCUGUCUUUACAGAUCUCCAGUACCGGCCAGCGUUGGUUCAGACCAGAGGUUUUAAAACUUUAAGGAGCAAAACAAGACGACUGCAGUCAGCUUUCGAACGGCCUGCCGACUCUGAAGGGUUCACGCCAUCUUUUAUGAAGGGGUUUCUCACACGUGACAAGGGGAUAGAAGUUGAAAGUCUAGACAGCAUGGUGAAGAACAAGAACAUACCUGAUGGACAGCAGGAUGCGUUCAAGAGGGGCUUCGCUGAGGGUUUCCUGAAAGCUCAAGCCCUGACACAGCGAACUCAAGACUCACUUAGGAGGACUCGUCUAAUCCUGCUGGUGCUGCUUCUCGUUGGGCUGUAUGGCAUCUCGAAGACGCCCUUCAUAUCGGUGCGGUUCCGAACCACAUCAGGCCUGGACUCAGCCGUGGACCCUGUGCAGAUGAAAAAUGUGACAUUUGAGCAUGUGAAAGGGGUCGAAGAAGCUAAGAAUGAGCUGCAGGAAGUGGUGGAGUUCCUUAAAAACCCACAAAAGUUCACAGCUUUGGGAGGAAAGCUGCCUAAAGGAGUUUUACUUGUGGGCCCUCCAGGGACUGGAAAGACCCUGCUGGCCAGAGCAGUGGCAGGAGAGGCAGACGUACCGUUUUAUUAUGCCUCCGGCUCAGAGUUUGACGAAAUGUUCGUUGGAGUGGGAGCGAGUCGCAUCAGGAACCUCUUCAGGGAGGCCAAAGCCAACGCUCCCUGUGUGAUUUUCAUCGAUGAACUGGACAGCGUGGGUGGGAAAAGGAUAGAAUCUCCUAUGCACCCUUACUCCAGACAGACGAUCAACCAGCUUCUUGCUGAGAUGGAUGGGUUUAAACCAAAUGAAGGGGUGAUCAUCAUCGGGGCAACCAACUUCCCAGAGGCUUUAGAUAAUGCCCUGAUUCGCCCAGGGCGUUUUGACAUGCAAGUGACUGUGCCCAAACCAGAUGUGAAAGGACGCACAGAAAUUCUCAACUGGUACCUAAAGAAGAUCAAAGUGGAUCCAACUAUCGAGGCCAAUAUUAUUGCCCGAGGCACCGUGGGCUUCUCUGGUGCUGACCUUGAAAAUCUGGUGAACCAGGCUGCCCUAAAGGCAGCGGUUGAUGGCAAAGACAUGGUCACUAUGAAGGAGCUGGAGUUUGCUAAAGACAAAAUCCUCAUGGGCCCAGAGAGAAGGAGUGCAGAGAUAGAUGAUAAGAACAAGCGCAUCACGGCGUACCACGAAUCAGGCCAUGCAAUUGUAGCUUUCUAUACCAAAGAUGCGAUGCCAAUCAACAAGGCUACCAUCAUGCCCAGAGGCCCCAGUCUGGGACAUGUGUCCAUGCUUCCAGAGAAUGACAGGUGGAGCGAGACUCGCUCUCAACUUCUGGCCCAGAUGGAUGUCAGCAUGGGCGGCCGUGUAGCUGAGGAAAUCAUAUUUGGCCAUGAUUACAUCACAACUGGAGCAUCAAGCGACUUUGAUAGUGCCACCAGGAUUGCUAAGAUGAUGGUAACCAGAUAUGGAAUGUGUGAAAAGCUGGGUAUAAUGACCUACACUGAUCUGGCAGCACAAAGCCCAGAGACACAAGCAGCUGUGGAGCAAGAAAUCAGAGUGUUACUCAAGGAGUCAUAUGAGCGUGCCAAAGCCCUGCUGAAGUCUCAUGCUAAAGAGCACAAGAACCUGGCAGAUGCUCUGCUCAUGUACGAGACACUAGAUGCCAAAGAGAUUCAGCUGGUCCUGGAGGGCAAAACCCUGGAGACCAGAUGAACCCUGAGAGGACCCAAAUAUCUCUGGGCACAGGCAGAGGAGGAGGUAGAUUUUAAGAGGUCAACUGAUAGAAAAAGGAAGGAUGGACUCAGAGGCCUGCAUUUAUAAUGUCACUUUACAAGUGUUCCUGUGGGGAAAAUCCCAUCCCUUCAUGCUGUCUCACCUUCACAGAAUCCCAUCACUAUCCCCAGAUAAGUAGUGCUGUUAUUUAAAGCAUAAACAUGAGUGCCCCGUGUUCACAUGUAAGCAGCAGUACUGGCUCACUGUAUGGGAUUAAAGGUUGAAUGACUAAAUGUUUAAUAUUAAAAAUUUUGCUCAGGUCAUUUUAUUGCUUGGUGGGAGGAAACAAAACAUGAAUGUAAAUAUAUACUGCUAACAUAACAGCAUCUGAAUUUCUUUUAGGGUUCCUCAUAACUCAGCUGUAUCACCAUAUUAAUCUUUAGCCAGACAGACAGACAGAUUCACUUCUGGUCCUUUGGAAACGCCACAUAUAUUAUCAACCCAAAGAGGUCAUUGUUGAUACAGCGUCCAGAAUAUAUGUGAAUCUCUACUCAUGUUUCAGUUCUCUUCAUGUGUUUGUGUUCAUAUCUGAUAUAUGUGAGGUGUGUUUCCAGUGUAUCUUACUCCCCUGCUGCUUUCUUUUGAAGGUUACUAUAUCUUUUUUUUUUU